CUGGGCCUCCCUUGCACCACUUCCGUUCGUCCGCCUCAAGCCGCGCCUGCGCGGUGCGUCUCUUCCUCUUUCAGCUUGCACCUAGUUAGAGGCGAAAUGGCGAAACGCACCAAGAAGGUCGGAAUCGUCGGUAAAUACGGGACCCGUUAUGGUGCCUCCCUCAGGAAAAUGGUGAAGAAAAUCGAAAUAAGCCAACACGCCAAGUACACUUGCUCCUUUUGUGGCAAAACCAAAAUGAAGAGACGAGCUGUGGGGAUCUGGCACUGUGGCUCCUGCAUGAAAACAGUAGCUGGUGGUGCCUGGACCUACAACACCACUUCUGCUGUCACAGUAAAGUCGGCUAUCAGAAGACUGAAGGAAUUGAAAGACCAGUAGAAGCACCACCUUUUGAAGCAUUGUUAGACAACAAAUAAAUGGGUUAAUUUAUGUAACUGUUA